AUGUUCAAGAAAUUUAAGAAAGUUUUGGGUUUAGGUAAAUCUAAAAAAUCCAAAGAUAAUAAAAAAUCAACAGAACCAGUCGCAGCACCAACAACAGAACCAACUACAACCACUCCAGUUCCAACUACUGAAGCAACUACAACAACAAUUGUUGCAACUGAAACAUCACCAAAUACAAAUAACACCACCACCACUGCUACUAGUACACCAACAACAACAACUACUCAUGAUAUUAGAGCAAAUUUAGAAGCAAUCAUCAAAGGUAUUCAAGAUAAUAAGAUUUUAGAAGUAUUCGAAAAAUAUUAUCAUGAUGAAAUCGUUAUGUUUGAAAAUGGUGACUCAACCAAUCGUGUUGGUAAAGAAGCCAAUAGAAAAGCCGAAGAAGCCUUUGUUAGUAAUGCAACUAUUCAUGAAGCUAAAGUUUUAAAAACUAUUGUUGAUGGUGAUAAUACCGCUUAUGAAAUGUUUAUGGAUUUCACUUAUGGUGGCCAUCGUGUCCAAAAAACUCAAUGGUGUUUCCAACAAUGGUCAAAUGGUUUAGUAAUUAAAGAAGAAUUCAAUGAAAAUAAAGGUCCAGCUCCAGCUGCAACUCCAGCACCAGCCACCACCACCAGCACCACCGAAGAAACUACCAAAACACAUGAUAUUAGAGCAAAUUUAGAAGCAGUUAUUAAAGGUAUUCAAGAUAAUAAGAUUUUAGAAGUAUUUGAAAAAUACUAUCAUGAUGAAAUUGUUAUGUUUGAAAAUGGUGAUUCAACCAAUCGUGUUGGUAAAGAGGCCAAUAGAAAAGCCGAAGAAGCCUUUGUUAGUAAUGCAACUAUUCAUGAAGCUAAAGUUUUAAAAACUAUCGUUGAUGGUGAUAAUACCGCUUAUGAAAUGUUUAUGGAUUUCACUUAUGGUGGUCAUCGUGUUCAAAAAACUCAAUGGUGUUUCCAACAAUGGUCUAAUGGUUUAAUUAUUAAAGAAGAAUUCAACGAAAAUAAAGGUCCAGCUCCAGCUGCAACUCCAACACCAGCCACUGAAGAAACUAAAGUUGAAGAAGCAGCAGCAGUUGUUGUUCCACCAGUUACUCAUGAUAUUAGAGCAAAUUUAGAUUCAAUUAUUAAAGGUAUUCAAGAAGGUAGAAUUUUAGAAGUAUUUGAUAAAUAUUAUCAUGAUGAAAUCGUUAUGUUUGAAAAUGGUGAUUCAACCAAUCGUGUUGGUAAAGAAGCCAAUAGAAAAGCCGAAGAAUCAUUUGUUAAUAAUGCAACUAUUCAUGAAGCUAAAGUUUUAAAAACAAUUGUUGAUGGUGAUAAUACCGCUUAUGAAAUGUUUAUGGAUUUCACUUAUGGUGGCCAUCGUGUCCAAAAAACUCAAUGGGCAUUCCAACAAUGGUCAAAUGGUUUAGUAAUUAAAGAAGAAUUCAAUGAAAAUAAAGGUCCAGCACCAGCAUCAGCAUCAGCCACCACUGAAGAAACUAAAGUUGAAGAAGCAGCAGCAGUUGUUGUAGCAUCUGAACAAACCACCACCGAAGAAACUACCAAAACACAUGAUAUUAGAGCAAAUUUAGAAGCAGUUAUUAAAGGUAUUCAAGAUAAUAAGAUUUUAGAAGUAUUUGAAAAAUACUAUCAUGACGAAAUUGUUAUGUUUGAAAAAGGUGAUUCAACCAAUCGUGUUGGUAAAGCUGCCAACCGUGCUGCUGAAGAAGCUUUUGUCAGUAACGCAACUAUUCAUGAAGCUAAAGUUUUAAAAACAAUUGUCGAUGGUGAAAAUUCAGCAUAUGAAAUGUUUAUGGAUUUCACUUAUGGUGGUAACCGUGUUCAAAAAACUCAAUGGGCAUUCCAACAAUGGUCAAAUGGUUUAAUUAUUAAAGAAGAGUUCAAUUAA